AUGUUUUCUUAUAUGAACCUAUAGAAUAGCAAAAAUGUUCAAUUCUGUGUGAACUUUUUCAUGACGUCACAAUGAUCAUAGCACGCGUUUAUUGCUUGCCUUAUUUUAAACUUAAAAUCUCGGUAAUUUUAACAGUUCUGAACGAUUUUCCUUUUUCAAAUGUAAAUAUAAGUAAUAAACAGUAAUGUUAAAAAGUUCACCGGGAUAUGAAGUUGGUUGGUACGUGAUCAAAUCUACUGAGAAGCCCUUUGGGCUUCACAGGAUUUUAUCACGUGACCAACCAACAUCAUAUCCCGAUGAACUUUUUAAAUUGCUGUUUAUUUCUUAAAUAUAACAAUUAAAGUAAUCAUACAGCCAAUGUUAUACAGGUUUCCUUAAAGUACAUCUUACUCAUUUGUCAUACAGUAAAACACGGUUAUAGCGAACACGCUUAUAAUGAAUUGACGCUUUCAGCGAAGUGAAUUUCAUUCCCAAAGUCUCUAUUUCAUGUUGUAAACCUGACGGAUAUAACGAAUUACGCUUAUAACGAAGUUAAAUUGGCCGUCCCUGGGACUUCGUUAUAAGCGUGUUUUACUGUAUAUCCAUGAAGACACUAUUAUGCAAUCUUGACCUCAUCUUAAUUGAAAUGACUACAACUAUAAAAACAUUAUUAUUGACUUGUCAGAGCUGUACACCUUUGAACUUGUCAUUACACAAGUUUAUUAAAGGUCUGUUGUACUAACACCCAACCUUUCUUUCCUUUGUGAAACCAACUAAUGUUUGAACAAAGCACCACAAUACGACACUGUCCAGUGUUGGUUUACAAAGCUAAGACCCACAGACUGGACAUUUAAACAGGAAUGUCAUGUUGACAGUGUACGUGUACCGGUGUUGUGUGAUAACUGUACACCCUGACUGAGGCGACUGGUUAUCUGUGUACAAACUUAUCUACAAGGACAAAGAUACACAGACUAUCUCUAUGAUAUAUCUAGUGAACUGUUAGACUAGCUUCAUCAUCAAGUUUUUGGAUUACAUCUAGUCCAGUUUUUCAUCAGUGGAGUGAAUGGACAGCAUCACUGGACAGGAAUUACAGUGGUGACUGGUCUGCAUCAUGCAGAGACAUUAUAAUAAGAUUCCUGAAGAUAUGGAGUCUGCCACUACUAGGGAAUUCUGGGAAAAAUCCCAGCCACUUCCUGUCUGGAGGAAGAUCUGCUUCGCUAUAGGUGGUGCCCCCUAUCAAAUCACGAGCACUGUGCUCGGAUUCUUUAUGAGUAUUUUUCUUCUGGAGGUAGCACAGGUUGACCCCUCCCAUGUGUCUGUGAUCGUAUUUGGAGGGAAGCUGUGGUACGCCAUGACCGACCCUGUAUGUGGUUACCUGGUCAACAGGACCAAACCCUCCUCCUGGGGCAAGUACAAACCUUGGAUUUUGCUGACCACGCCCUUUGCUUGUGUGACCUAUCUCUGUUUCUGGGCCGUACCUGACUACAGCCAGCAGGGAAAGCUCUGGUGGUACCUGGUCUUCUACUGCCUGUUUCAGGGAUUUCUGUCCGGUGUACACGUGCCUUAUACCUCAAUGACCAUGAGUCUCAGCGAGAAUCAGAGAGACAGGGACUCCAUUACAGUAUACAGAAUGGUUGCUGAGGCGAUAGGUGUGAUGACUGGAGUCGUAAUUCAAGGUCAUUUCAUCAAAAAGCACAGGACGGCAGGAUUGUGUGAAAAAGGUUCAUCCUCCUCUAAUCAGAGCUCACCAUCCAGUGACAACAUUAUUAAUCAGAUCGGCUCCUACCACGAUGCCUCAGUGACCAUUAUCUGUAUCUAUGUCAUCUGUAUCCUGAUCUGUUUCUACGGAACAAAGGAACAAAAAGGCAAUGUUUUGAACUGUCUCUCAGUCAACCACAUGGCGCCUGAGGACGGGUUUUUCCUGGGACUACAGAAGGUGCUGUUUUUCCGUCCGUAUGUGAAACUCUCCAUGUCCGUUCUAUUUCUGUCCGUGGCAAUCUCAAUAACCCAGGGUAACCUGGCCCUGUUCUGUACCCACACACUGGGCAUGGGCCGACACUUCUCCACCUUCAUAACCAUUAUCAUGGCAUCAACCAUUUGCAGUCUUCCGAUCUGGCAUCUUGUGCAAAAGAGGAUCGGCAAGAAGAGAACUUUUGCAGCUGGCAUGCUGCUGUUUAUCCCCGUCCUACUCUCUCAGUCGUACCUCGGUGACAAUUUCUACAUUUACACUGUGGUCCUUGUGCUGGCGGGAUUAAGUAUCGCAGUCUCUCUACUCCUUCCCUGGUCGAUGCUGCCUGAUGUCAUUGAUGAGUUUUACAUCACGCAUGGUGAACACAGGGAUGCCAUUUUCUACUCCUUCUACGUUUUCUUCAACAAGCUCGCCACUGGGUUUGCAGUUGCAUCGUCCCAGUUUGCAUUAAAGUUUGGUGGGUACAGAGUGGGGGCGUGUCAGCAGCCACCCAGCGUGGGGAGGGCACUCCGGUACCUGAUGAUCCCAGGGCCUGUGGUCGCCGUGGUGAUAGCCCUAUUUGGGUUCGGUCAGAUGUUCCCAGAGAUGGGGAGGAGUUUUAAUCAGACCUAUCGGUGUUACUCGGUCACGAUGCUCGGGGAAAGAGAUGACGUGGAGCGAGGAGGAAAAAUCAUUAUGCCUCCAUCUGCAUUGGAUCAAUUAACACGACUACACAUUCAAUACCCCAUGUUAUUUAAGCUGACCAACAAGAAGAAGAACAGGGAAACUCACUGUGGGGUCCUGGAGUUUGUCGCUGAUGAGGGCCGAAUAUACAUUCCCUACUGGAUGAUGACAAACUUACUGUUGACAGAAGGAGACUUGAUUCAGGUUGAGAACGUUUCCCUUAAGGUGGCCACAUUUGCCAGAUUUCAGCCCCAGUCUGUGGAUUUCCUGGAUAUUACAAAUCCUAAAGCUGUCUUGGAAAACAUGCUGCGAAGUUUUGCCUGUUUGUCGACAGAUGAUGUCAUAUCUAUAAAGUACAAUGAAAGGAAUUAUGAUCUGUUAGUGCUGGAGACCAAGCCAGACCGGGCAGUGUCCAUCAUCGAGUGUGACAUGAAUGUGGACUUUGCCCCUCCUGUCGGGUACAAAGAACCUGAAUUCCAGAAGAAGACCCAGGGUGAUGAGGAGAUGGCAUCAGCAGAAGUGGAUCACAUGGAUACAGAUUCCUCAUUCAAGGUAUUCAGUGGUGCAGGCAAUAGACUAGACGGAAAGAAGAAAGGCACAGAACCUGCCCCCGUGGAGGGUCUUUCUGUAGCCCCCAAAAGAGGAAUCCCAGACUAUGGAUAUAAGAAGGGAACCAUCAAGUUCAUCCGGACUGCUAGACAAGUCAACAAUGAGUCUGCAGAGGAGGAGAAAUCAUUCGAAGCAUUUUCUGGUGCGGGUCAGUCUCUCAGGAAGAAAGGAAGGAGAUGAGUGGAGGCCAGAAUCUGUCCUAUUUAUUUCAAUCCUUUACAUGAUUUCCGUAACUGGACUUUUUUUGGGAAGAGAGAGUUUAUCAUUGUGUCUUGCAUACAUUAUUAUGACACUGUUUCAUGAAUGCUUCUGAAUUUGAAUGGUAGAAAAUUGUACAUAUGUGUUAAUGUUAAGGUAUGUGUUGAAGUAAACUUAGAAAACCCA